UAAGGCGCUGGCUCCGCUGCAAGCUCGGCACAAACCCCGCACGCGCGCGCGUUAUCGCGUCCCGUAUUUUGUCCAUUUACCCCUGACGAGGGCCAAGAGGAGCAGGGGGAGGAGUGCGGAACGCGUGAGCUGUGAUUUGGGAACGAGACUUGCGUGGCAGUGGUUGGGGAGUAGGAGGAGGUGGGUUCAUUGGGUUCAGCUGGGAAGAUUUUGAUUCGAGAUUGCAGUCGAGCUGUCCGGCGGUCGCAGCGAGCGACGCGCGCAACUUCACCGGACUUAAAGCGAGCCUCCUCCGCUGACCAUGGAUGGGAACGGUCACGACGACGACCUCAGUCUCAACGUGUCCACGUGGGCGACGAACAGGAGCGACCCGUGGCCGGACCACAACGCGGGCGACCGGCGCCAGCCCUUCUCCUUCUUCAGCAUCCUGACGCUCACGCUGCUCGCCAUCCUCAUCCUCGCCACGUUCGCCUGGAACGUCCUGGUCAUCGUCACCAUCCUGCGGGUGAAGACCUUCCACCGCGUGCCGCACAACCUGGUGGCCUCCAUGGCCGUGUCUGACGUCCUGGUCGCGGCACUCGUCAUGCCGCUGAGCCUGGUGAGCGAGGUGCACGAGCGCCGCUGGAGGCUGGGGCCCGUCAUGUGCGACGUGUGGAUCUCAUGCGAUGUCCUCUGCUGCACGGCCAGCAUCUGGAACGUGACCGCCAUCGCGCUCGACCGCUUCUGGUCCAUCACCAGGCACCUGGAGUACACGACGAGGGCCCGCAAGUGUAUCUCCAAUCUCAUGAUCGCCCUCACGUGGCUGCUGUCUGCCACCAUCUCGCUGUCGCCCCUCUUCGGCUGGGGCGAGGGAUACUAUUCGGCCGAGUCGCAGCGCUGCCACCUCAGCCAGGGGCCGUCGUACACCGUCUUCUCCACGGUGGGCGCCUUCUACCUGCCCCUGUGCGUGGUGCUCUUUGUCUACUGGAAGAUCUACAAGGCGACCAAGUUCUGCUUCGGCAGCCGCAAGGCGAACUCAGUGAUGCCCAUGUCCGACGCGAUUGAGGCCAAUGACCCAUCGCGCAAGCCGCAGACGGUGUUCACGGUGCGCCACGCCACCGUCACGUUCCAGAUAGGCGAGGGGGACAUGUGGCGCGAGCAGAAGGAGAGGCGUGCGGCGCUCAUGGUGGGCAUCCUCAUCGCCGUGUUUGUGCUCUGCUGGAUCCCCUUCUUCAUCAAGGAGCUCAUCAGCCCGCUGUGCUCCUGCGACGUGCCGCCCGUGUGGAAGAGCAUCUUCCUCUGGCUCGGCUACUCAAACUCGUUCUUCAACCCGCUUAUCUACACUGCCUUCAAUAAAAACUACAAUAACGCUUUCCGGAAUAUAUUUUUCACGAAGCAGUAGUGAUUUCUGCAGUGUUUGCUUUUCUGCUUUUGUUUGGUUCUGUGUCUGGCUGUCGUGGCUGUAGAUAAAAGUCUGAGACCCGGUACGCGUACUGAACAGUGAUAGUAAUGAUAAUAUCACAAGAUUAAAAAAAUAGCACGGCGUUUAUCAGUAGCGAUGAUUAUUCAUGUAUUGAGUGCCCUGAGCGUGACGUCACAGGCUCCGCGUAAUUCCCCCCAAGUCGGCACGGAGCUCCCACCACGCCACGCCGUGUUCGCCGUCGUGCAGUCGUCUCUCCACGCCACGUGUUCAGCAAUCAUCAGGCGCAUGCGGCGUGUAUCAAGAAAUUAGUUGUAUUUGCAUGGAGAGAAGGUCGGUGGACGUCCAGAGGCGGAACGUGGCGAGGACUGGAGAUUUGACAACCGCUGAGCUACGAAUCGGUGCUAGGCGGUACAGAGAUCGACGCGUUAGUCCAGCAGCUCAGUAAAAUGACGGAAUGCGGCGGAGAUGAUGUCCACCGUGGAGACUUGUGCGAUAAAAUCAGCUCGUGUGGAGGAGCAGUUUCUGUUUGGCCGGAUAGAGGGGUAUGAGCUAAACCGGCGCGGCACAGGCUACAGAAGAGAUGGACUAAUGCGGUUCAGUGAUGUGGAGCUGCGAGUGGACUUGGAGGACGUUCGUGAAAGACGCUGCUAAUGGGCAGUCGGAUGCAGUCGCCCUCCAGCAACAACAGUGGGCGGAGGAGUCAUGCUCACAACAACGAGUGGAGCGCCAGGCGUAUAAAACGCUGCAAGUUUGCACAGUGGGGAGGACAGUUGAUGCAUCUCCCAGUCACCUCAGUCAGUCUAUGAGUUCUAUGAGAUCUUCACUCAAAACUGCUCUAGAGGAGUUGUACAAC